AUGGCCGCAGCCGCGGCGGGUGGAGCGCCGGGCACGUCCCCCGGCCCGGCCGCCAGGGCAGCGCCACAGGCGCUGCGGAGGCGCGGGGACUCACGGCGCCGCCAGGCCGCGCUCUUCUUCCUCAACAACAUCUCCCUGGACGGGCGGCCCCCGAGCCUGGGUCCCGGGGGAGAGAAGCCCCCGCCGCCGCCGCCACCGCCCACCGAGACCCGCGAGCCUCCGGCGCCGCCGCCGCCUCCGCCUCCGCCGCCGCCCGCGCCCCCCGCCGGCCUGCCCCUGCCCGGGCCCGGAGGCAGGACCUCAGCCCCCCAGGGCCUGCUCAGCCCUGCUCCCGCGCCCACCGGCUUGGGCCUCGGCCUCGGCCUGGGCCUGGAUGGGCAGCGCCAAAGAAGGCGCGUGGCGUCUCAACGCUGCUCCCUCGAGUUUCUGGAAGACACAGUGGGAUGUCCCUCGGGUCAAAGAACCAAACACAUAUCUGGAUCCCCGAGACACAAAGGCCUGAAGAAGACACACUUCAUUAAGAACAUGCGGCAGUACGACACCAGGAACAGCAGGAUCGUGCUGAUCUGCGCUAGACGGUCCUUGUGCGCGGCCUUCUCAGUCCUACCCUAUGGAGAAGGCCUGCGAGUCAGUGACCUGAGAUUGGACAGCCAGAAGCAGAGGCACCCAUCUGGCGGCGUUUCUGUGUCUUCCGAAAUGGUCUUCCAGUUGGAAGGUGUUGAACUGGGGGCAGAUGGAAAGGUUGUGUCUUACGCCAAGUUCCUGUACCCCACCAACGCCCUGGUCACGCUCAAGCCAGACAGCCACGGCCCAGCGCCUCAGCCCCGGCCCAGUGUGCCCCGCACUCUGCUGGGGUCCCGCUGCAAACCUGUCCCACCCAGGGCAGCACCAGCCGGCUCGGAGCUAGGGGCCGACGCGGGGGAUGCCCUGGAGUACAACCCCAAUCUGCUAGAUGACCCUCAGUGGCCCUGCGGCAAGCACAAGCGUGUGCUCAUCUUCGCGUCCUACAUGACCACAGUGAUUGAGUACGUGAAGCCCUCCGACCUCAAGAAGGACAUGAACGAGACCUUCCGGGAGAAGUUCCCCCACAUCAGGCUGACGCUGAGCAAGAUCAGGAGUUUGAAACGAGAAAUGCGGAACCUGUCCGAGGAGUGUGGCUUGGAGCCUGUGACCGUGUCCAUGGCCUAUGUGUACUUCGAGAAGCUGGUGUUGCAGGGUAAGCUCAACAAGCAGAACCGCAAGCUAUGCGCCGGCGCCUGCGUGCUGCUGGCCGCCAAGAUAAGCAGCGACCUGCGCAAGAGCGACGUGAAGCAGCUCAUCGACAAGUUAGAAGAAAGGUUUCGGUUCAACCGACGGGAUCUCAUCGGCUUUGAGUUCACAGUGCUCGUGGCCUUGGAGCUCGCUCUCUACCUUCCUGAGAACCAGGUGUUACCUCAUUACAGGCGCCUCACGCAGCAGCUUUAGCCGGCCAGCCUCCACACCCUGGCUUCCAUGCCUGAGCACACCACACCGCCACGGUACUUUUGAGAGCCCUUCUGCGUUCCACUGAACAGACCUGGGGCUCUGUCAGUGCUGCUUUUUUUCCUGUGCCCACGACUGCUCUGGCACCAGGACUUCGGUCUACGGCGUCCAGUGGUGAAUCCGCCGUGCUUCUCCUCUUUGCGUCCCGUCUUCUGCUGCUGUCAGAGCCACCACGCUGGUGUCUUGUGGAGGCCUGGGUUUCCAGACCCUACUGCAGACGCUGGAUUGCUGGACUUAACCCAUUGGAGCAUUAAUCUCAGCUAUUUGGGGUUUUCGGAGGUGGAGACCGCACUGUGGAACCCCCCAACACCCUCAGCCCAGCUCCCCUCCCAGCCCAGCCCCUAGGGGUGUCUGCCCACCUCCCCAUAUCCACAAGCAGAGCUCUGCGUCAGCCUAAGCCAACGAGGGCAGACUCCUGGUUAGUUGUGAUCUCAUUUUUUACUCUCAGACCUCUGUUCUUCCAAGGAUCGCGUCACUGUGAAGUCCUGAGGGCCCUGGUGGCACAUACCCCAGCUGGCCUCACCGUGGAACCAUCCUGCACCACGCAGGGAUCUGUCUCACUGGAAAAUCCCACUUGCCCAUGACACCCAGCACCUUCAGAAUGACUGGAUUGCUGGUUGUUGAUCUUCCUAAGCUAUAUUGUGGGGGGAAAUGUAUUUAUUAUCAUUUAGGAUUUGGUUCUGUGGGUCUUUUUCUAAGGGAACAAAAACUGGUUAAACAAGGUCUGCUGAGGAUGUGACCUGAACCACACUUGAUCCUCCAGCGGGGAGGAAGACAGACCACUUGAACUGUCCUGCUGAAAAGGGUAAAGGCUCUGCCUUCUUCCUCCCAGGCAGGAAGUGAAAGCCACCUUGGCCAGAGCAUUAGUCACACCAGACCCCAAGGGCAGGCCUGUGUCCAGCUCCUCCGCCUCACCAGGCUACAUGUUACCCAGUUUUCCCACUUGGUGCCCCACCAUAAACACUGAAGACCUAGGACUGGAGCUUCUCCCUCACCAGGCAGCUGCUCUCAGGACCAUGUCGGCUGGGCCGUCAAGCUGCUUCCCACUGUUGUCCCAAGAACCACACUGGAGGGGCGCUGGGGCAGCCCCACAUUGCACCCUGCCCAUGUGGACUGGUCUUUGUGCAGAAGAGAUGCCAGCCUUUAUCAGCGCAUUCCACCACCAGUAGUUCAGCGAGAUCCCAGCCCAGGGGGGCACAGGGACCCCCACGGGGGCACAGAACAGCUGCCCUACCCCACUUGCUGCUCUUUCUUGGUCACUCGCUUAGGUUCAGGGGGACUGCAGGAUGGAGUUCGAAGCUCAACUCUGUACCCAACCUUAUUUAUCGAGUGCCUCUUUCCUGUUCUCCCCCCAGAACACCCCCAAACUCUGAUGUGCACCAGGGGGGCAUGAAGGAUGAAGCUGCUAGGUCCCAGGCAAUCCUGGAAGGUGUCAAGUAUCUCAAGGACACUCCUGUUACAGGCACCUAAAGGGACCAACUUCCAAAAUAUAUCUGCUGGUUUACAGUUAGCUUUGAGGAACACAUCUUGAGAAUUUCCAUACAGAUGUUAGAAUAGCAGUAGUGUUUAUAUAGUGAGAACUAGUCAUUCACCAGGACCUGUAACCUUCCCUUUAGUGUGUUGUGUCCUUGUUAAUGUCAAGAGCUGCCACCGUGUGGUACUCAAGUGAAGCCAGUAUUUAAGGCAUUAAACUUCAGCCUGAACUGUCACCCCAGACACCUGUGUCCAAGGGCUUGGGGCUACUCCCUCAGCGCCUGGAAGGCACCACAGACUUAAAAUGUGUGCUAAGUGGCUGUCUGACCUCACUGUUAAGUGUCAAGGAUCUGUUUGCAAAAAGUAAUGUAUUUGUGCUUUAAGUAAAAAUUUGGUUUUGCAA